AAUAAUAAUAAUAAUAAUAAUAAUAAUAAUUCAGCAUUUGAUGAACAAAGAUGGGUGAUUAACAUCCGAAAAACCCUUGAAGAAGAACUUGAAGAAGAAGGAGGUGAUGAAUUUGAAGUACACAUAUUCAAUGUUCCAAAGCUUCUAAUGGCAAGUGAUCCAGAUUCAUAUGUUCCUCAACAAGUUGCAAUUGGUCCUUAUCAUUAUUGGCGUCCAGAGCUGUAUGAAAUGCAAAGGUACAAGGUUGCAGCUGCAAAAAGGUUCCAACAACAACACCUUCAAUGUCUUAAAUUUGAAGGGCUUGUUGAUCAAAUUCUCAAGUUGGAACGCAAGAUUAGAAGAUGCUAUCACAAGUACUUGGAUUUCAAUGGUGAAACCUUGGUUUGGAUGAUGGCUGUUGAUGCCUCAUUCUUGCUUGAGUUCCUUCAAAUCUAUGCCAUACAAGAAGGAACAAAGAUUCCUGGAGUUUCAUCAAGCAUGUCGCACUUGGUAGACUAUGCCGGCAAGAAAUCAGCACAUAAUGCAAUCUUGAGGGACAUUGUGAUGUUAGAGAACCAAAUCCCAUUCUUUGUGUUAAGAAAGAUGUUGGAGUUCAAAUUCUCAUCACUAGAAGCUGCUGAUGACAUGCUUAGCUUGAUCCUCCUAGGGCUAUUCAAAGAGCUCUCACCCUUCAAGACCAUGCAACAUUAUUAUCCAAACAAUGAAGUCUCAAAGAGUGUUCACAUUCUAGAUUACUUGUAUGACAUGAUUGUUCCAAGAUUAGACCAAGAAAUAAUUGAAGAGGAAAAUUAUUACCAUCAAGAUGGAGAGAGAGAUGGGAAUGAUGAUGAGAAAAUAGAAGAAGAGGAGAAAGGGAAUGUCAAGAAGUUCCUUAGUGAAGUUUGGAAUAUUCUUUCAAAAUUGAAUAAAGGGCCUGUGAGAUCAAUCAAAAGGGUACUAGUUUCUAAACCUCUUAAGCUUGUUGUUAAGUUACCAUGGCAAAUUAUAUCGAAUUUUCCGGGUCUUAAGCUUGUUAAAGAGCCUCUCGAGCGAAUGUUCUUCGCUCGAGAGAAAAGCGACGAAGAAGAUGAGAAAAAAAAGAAAAACGGAGGCUCGUCGAGUGCGAAAAGCGAAGAGCCUCCGUUGAUAGAGGAAAUCACUAUUCCUUCAGUGUCAGAAUUAUUGAAUUCGGGGGUUCGAUUCUCGCCUGUCAACGGAUGCAUAUCAAGUAUUAAUUUUGAUGCAAAAACAUGCACACUCUACCUUCCAAUAAUUUCUUUGGAUGUUAACACUGAAGUUUUCUUGAGAAACUUGGUUGCAUAUGAAGCUUCAAGUUCUUCAGGACAAUUGGUUGUAGCACGUUACACUGAAUUGAUGAAUGGGAUUAUAGACACUGAGGAAGAUGCAAAGAUUCUUAGAGAAAAAGGGGUGAUUUUGAAUCACUUAAAGAGUGAUGAAGAGGACCACUUGAAGAGUGAUUUGGAAGUUGCUAACAUAUGGAAUGGUAUGAACAAGUCUUUGAGGUUGAGCAAGGUUCCAAAAUUGGACAAAGUUAUUGAAGAUGUUAACAAGUUUUACAGUGGAACAACCAAGGUUAAGGUUAAGAAAUUCAUGAAGGUUUAUGUGUUUGGUUCAUGGCAGUUCUUGACAUUGUUAGCUGCCAUAUUCAUGUUGUUCUUGAUGGCAUUGCAAGCAUUUUGCUCAGUCUAUACUUGUAGUCGCUUUUUUGAAUCAGCACUACAAUCAUCUUCUAAUACUAGUAGUGGAGGAGAAUAA